AAAGUGCAUGGGUGCAGAAUAUUAGUCAUACAGCUUACCUUGCUCAUAUUGCAGAGACAAGCUUUAGUUAUUAUGGUGCAUUAUGCCAGCCUUUACAGGGAUUACAUUCCUUUUCACGCGGACCGGCCAUACAAGUACGACAACCGGAAGUUUCUCAAACGCUGGGACGAGGUGAACGGAAUGACGUGGGUCCAGGCAUCGAAUGGGCGAAUUCCACACAAUGCGGUCGUCGCCGGAUACGAAGACUACGUAACGUUGUACGUGGGCCGCGCAGAGGUAAACAGUUCCAUAGCACCGGGAUCGAUCAAUCCGCAGAAGAAGGCUUGCUUCUGUCCUUGGGGUGGAAAGAACCAUAAACGAGAGAAAUACGAGGUACUCUGCACACCGGGAGAGUUUGUCCAGAUCGAUGAGUUUAAUACGCUCAUGCGGGGAACACCCGGUGGCAUUAGCGAGCAAGGUGAACCUUUGUACAUUGGCAGGGCGACACUGUCAGGGCAGUUGAUCAGCGGAAAGAUACAGAGGUCAUACGAUACGUGCUAUAUCCCUCACAAGACAAAGGAAGUAGAGCGGCUUCUGUUUGGGAGUGAAAUUUACAUUAAGUCUAACUAGAGCUAGAAGAGACAGAAUUUCGCUUUGCUUUGGGAUCAGCUUUCGGUAAGGGUAGGAUUGACAAAUAAAUUGUACUGAAGUAGAUACUAAGCAUUUUUUUUUCAUAAUCAUGAUGUAGCGGGUGCUGUGAUCUACAUUUUUAAUAUAAAGUAUUCUGUAUAACCAAGUUCUUUCUUAAACGUGGAAUAUAAAUUGCUCCUUAUUUUAGGUGACAGGUGGUUAAUGCAACGAACUUGUUACCUAAUUUAUGUUAAAUACGAGGUUAAAUAUCAGUUUUAUUCACUAGUUGAUUGAUGGCAAUAAUUUACCACCUAUUCCUUUUCCUUAUUGUGGUGACUGGCUACAUUUUCUUCUCCACAUUAAUCUCUAGGGAUGUGAUUUCGCAGGAAAAUGGAUAUAUUUUUUAUUUGGUACAAGGUUCACUAUAAAUCCACUGCAACCAGUGUAGUAUUUAUUGUAGCAUUGUCGGUACAGCUGAAAAUUGGAAAAAAAAAUCCACUAGCGGAGACCGAUUUACAAGUUAAACAGCGUUAUACAAGUGAGGUUUUUUCUUCAGUUUUUAACUGUUAUGACACUAUAUACCAUGUCUUUAGUAGUACAUGCCCUAUUAUUCCAUCAAAUUGAUUCCUUGGCGACAAAACAAGCAAUGACACCGAUAUUGAAUUGACCAUGCAUAAGAAGCCUAGUCUUGGCCACUUCAAGCUAGAGAACAUCGGGUUGAAAAUUAGUACCUAAUUAAGCAGAAGGCUAACUCAUUUUUCCUUGUUUAAAGAUCAUCCUCAGCGGAUGUGAUCCGAUUCUUGUCACCAUCAAUAAGGCUCAAACGU